AUGCCUAUCACUGGAUCCUGCUUGUGCGGCAACGUCAAGAUCACCGUCAACGAUGGCGGGCUGCCGCUCAAGCCUGUCGUGUGUCGUUGCACCAACUGUCAACAGACGGCUGGAUCGGUCUUCUCCCUCGUAGCCCUGCUUCCCAAGGAGCACGUUGAGAUUUCGGGCGAGACAACAGCCUACCGAGACGACACGACUAGUAGCGGGAACCACUCCUUCCGUCGUUUCUGCCCCACGUGCGGUAGUCCCGUCCAGACCGUCUCCCCCUCGCGCGACACGCUGGCCAUCAUCAAGAUGGGUCUCUUCGCCAAGUCCUCCGCCUGGGGAAAGGAGAUCCAGCCUCCCCAAUCGCAGAUUUUCACGCGCAACAAGAAGGACUGGGAGCCCCUGGUCGAAGGUAGUGCCGUCGUCGACGGUGCUCCUUGA